AGGAAUAAAUACUAAAUAGCAGCUUAUUACAGUUGCCAGCAUAUUAACUUCGCAUACACCUACUCUCUUUGAAAAUAUACACCUUCUCCUGAUCUCCUCUCCUCUUUAGUUUAGAAAUUAUUUUCUCAAAAACAUAAAUCAAAUCUUGCUCACUCGGCGCAGACAUAAUGCUCCUUUUUUGCUGCUAGUAUCGAUAGACAUGGGUAACAAGUUUAUAUGCAUGACAAAGAAGGACACCAAAGCGAAUAACAAUGGAGGAGGAGGAGGAGGAGGAUCCAGAAGCAAGAGGUUUGGUAGGUCUCAGAGGAAGUUGUUGGCGGACGAAGAGUUGCUUCACAGACAAGCUCUGUCCAUGGCUCUUCAUCACUCUCAGCGACUGGAAGCAGCUGGAUCCAUGUCCAGGAGGAUUCACGGCUCCACCAGCUCCCGUCGUCUUCAUCGAAAUCUUUCCGACCCUUUCUCUAAUCCCAAACAGGUAGCAGAGCUUGUGGAGAGUAUUAAGUCAAAAAAGUUCAUUCUAGUCCAUGGAGAAGGGUUUGGAGCAUGGUGUUGGUACAAAACCAUCGCUCUCUUGGAAGAAGCAGGAUUGCUUCCCACUGCCAUCGAUCUAACAGGAUCUGGCAUUCAUCUCACUGAUACAAAUACUGUUACAACACUGGCUGACUAUUCUAAACCUCUCAUCGAUUCAUUACAUAAUCUUCCCGAGGAUGACAAGGUUAUUUUGGUUGGUCAUAGCACCAGCGGUGCUUGCAUCUCUUAUGCACUGGAGCAUUUUCCACACAAGAUCUCCAAGGCUAUUUUCUUAUGUGCUACUAUGAUGUCUGAUGGUCAAAGGCCCUUUGAUGUCUUCGCUGAAGAGCUUGGAUCCGCUGAACGUUUCAUGCAAGAAUCAGAGUUUUUGAUAUAUGGGAACGGGAAAGACAAGUCUCCAACAGGAUUUAUGUUUGAGAAACAGCAAAUGAAAGGUUUAUACUUCAACCAAUCACCAACAAAGGAUGUUGCAUUGGCCAUGGUGUGCAUGAGACCCAUCCCACUGGGUCCUAUCAUGGAAAAGCUUGCAUUGUCCCCCGAAAAAUAUGGGAUAGGUAGGCGAUUCUUCAUUCAAACGUUGGAUGAUCAUGCUCUGUCACCCGAUGUCCAAGAGAAACUGGUGAGGGAAAAUCCACCAGAAGGAGUGUUCAAGAUUAAAGCAAGUGAUCACUGCCCUUUCUUUUCUAAACCACAAUCACUGCACAAGAUACUGUUGGAAAUUGCUCAAAUUCCAUAGAUUAACAUUUGGGUUCUCAAGGCAACAGGUAUGUCUAUUGUGUAUUAUUUCUUCAUGCCAUUGCCAAGUGAAUCCUGCCGACCCACUGCUUAGAAAAACAAAAAUAUAUCUAAUGUGAUUGAAGAGAUUGUACAUGGUCAAGUUAGUGCGCUUGCUUUCUUCCUGACACUCGAUUGCUGGGUAUAUAUAGGAGGUCGGUUUAAUGGUAAUGGUAAUUUUUUGUUUUGCAUUUUUUGAACUCAGAAGAGAGUAUUGUCCUUGUGAAGAAGAAUCAUACGAUCAUACAAUUAUAUAAUCCUGAGCUCCAAAUAAUCUAUCAACAAAAUCCAGCCAUGUGGACUGAUAAAAUUUAACCACAUGGACUUCUCUAUUA